UCUCAAAUGACCCUAUAAAAAGUUGGAUGAUGCCGUCUUUAUGGCCUCACUAUCAAUGCUCUCAGUUCACUCUUCUACUAUGGAGGUAAGUGACAACAGAGAAAUAAAGCUGCUCCCCGAAGCUACCUUCACUCAUGAACCUCCUGCUGCACUGAAGCCAUUGGCAAUGACGAUGGAUCAGAGUAAUACCGAACCAACGCUUGACUUAAGCCUGUCGAUCAGCCUUGUUAAUCCUCCCAAGAUGACUCCCAAUAAUGAUGCUGAGAACUUGAGCAACGCCGAAGUGCUCAAGAAACAUGUGGCAGAACAGGUUAGACUUUCUGCUCAGGAGAGGGCUUAUGCUGAGCGCAUGAGGGAAUUGACAAGGAGGGAGCUGGAGCUGGCGGAGAAGGAAUUUAUGAGGGCGAGAUUAGUCUGGGAGCGUUCUCGAGAGGAGUUAGAGAAAGUUGAGAGAAUGAAGAUGGUCGCCACCCGGAGAAUCAACUCCACCUGCAUACAAAUCACUUGCCAAGCUUGCCAUCAGCAAUUCCUUUCAUGAAUUUUCUUCCUAAUCAUAUGAACUGCCUCCAAACCAGGUUGAAAUUAUUGGUUGAAAAUGUAAGCUGUCAUGAUUUAGAGUUCCAUCUGCAUCAGAAAUAUGUUUAAUCAACCUUCUGAUAAUGAUAUUAUGCUUCCCGUUCUGAUUGUAUUCCCUGAAACAGAUUCCUGCUUCAUCUGAAAA